AUGACUGCAACAUGUGACUUAGAUUUUGCAAAACAAAAAAAAGUAGGAAAUUACUCAAAUAAUCUUUAUUUUUAAGUAAUUUCAAAGGAGUAGAGCACUUUUGAUAAAAAUUUUGAUCAAUUAGGUCUUGGUUACAAUAGUACUCCUAUGAUAUUUCAAUUUGGAAAUAAAAUUUUGUAUAUUAAUUUUAAUCAAUAAAUAUGGAAGUCAUAAGAAAUUUUCAACAUUAUGAUCUUUGCAAAAUAACGCAAUCAAUACAAUAUUUGUUCUUCCUCAUUACAACAAGCUUACUAUCAAUCUUAUAUUUUUGAAUAAUAGUAAAUACAGUAAUUUCUAGAAUAGUUUUUAAUUAUUUAAUUUUAUAAAUAUUUUAUUUAAGUGAUAAUAUGA